AGUGAUUUACUUAAAUGUAAUACAUGUAUAUCAAUCAUUUUUUUCAGAAUUUCAGGGGGGGGGGGUUGUCCCUUCUUGCCCCUAUGUGCGGGCGCCCAUGUACUGUAAUGAAAAAGGCAAAUAUGAUAAUGACAAUACAUUAGUAGUUAUAAAAAAAGGAGUCUCCUUGCUGCAUGACAAUCAUCCCCAUUAUCUACCCCAGUUCCGUCGCCACCUUGAUACAAACAACAGAUCUGAGCAGCACUGAAACCCAGCAUUUAGUUACAGACAGGAGUCAGACUGUCAGUGACAGUCAGUUCCUGCCCAACCUUCGUCAUGACGACACUGAAGCUGAUGCUGUUACUCACGGCCUUGGCAAUCGCCGGCGCUUCGACGAGCAGCGGCGGUGGCGUAUCAGAUCUUCACUCUGGAUGGAAUGUUUCGCCGAAUUUUGAACAUUUGCGACGAUUAAUGCAAGAAGGUGACGUUAGAGGUUUCCAGGAUGGGGCCAAAUCACUUCGACAAGAUUUACCCGACUUGCAGGACCUGGCAGAUAUGGCUAACGACGUUUUCUCUGGCAAAGAGCCUCGGUACGUGCAAGACAACAAUUACACCUUGUCCGGCAACGCGAGUCUUGUUUCUUUCAAUAUGACUGGAAUGUCAAUUGUUGAUCAGAAAACCGCAUCAUACGCUGCAAUACAAAAUGAAGGAGACAGAGGAUCCGUCUCUAUUUUGGAUUUCUACAAUGUCAGUGGUACCGUAGGGAACUUCUCGUUUACGAGUGGAUACGGUUUUCACACCUACGGACGCUAUACUACAGAAGGAAACUCCGUUCGUUUUGAAACAUCGGCAAUAGGCGCAGCUCUUUAUAAAUUGCCGAACGGCAUCUUUAUUAUGUUUGGAAACUACACGGGUGUCUCUGAGGGCAAUGGUGCUCGAACGAGAGGGGAAAUAACUGAGGCAUCAGCGGUUACUCUUGGAUUUAUGAACACUCCCUACUAUACUUCAAGAAACAUCAUGCAUCAGAACGGACGCUACACGGCUAACGGUUCACACUUACAGGUGAAUUCCUUUUCAGUGACAGGCGGUACAAAUAGCACAGUGGACAUGUAUACAUUCUACUCUCCAGGUAUGAACAGUGUACAGAUGCACAUUAACGGAACCCUCCGCAAUCCUGACAAAGAGGGUGGUAUGAUGGGCACAUAUGAGGUAUCUCCUGGUUCUCUCCCGCCGAAUGAGGAAAAAAUGACAUAUGUAUUCUCCAUGACCCGUUUGGGAGCAGAGGUUUACCUUGCUUAGCGAUGAGGCAGACGGACUUACCCUACAGUAAGUCACAUUUGAAAUUUAUCCCAGUCAAGUUUCGUUAAAAGGUGAACUGAUUAUACUGUACGCCUAUUCACAGUUUGAAGAAGACUUUUCAGUUAUUAUCUAUGCACUCAAUGCACAUUAUGCACACAACAAUUGUCCAUGUACUGCACAUUAAGAGGUAUGCGCAUAUUGCACUCAUAUAUAGGUAGGUUACUUUUAUGUUCUUUUUGUGGUAUAAUCUGAAUCCCAUUUUGCUGUCCAUUUCUUUUUGUUACUGAUCAUAAAAAUAAAAGGGGAAGAUUAGUAUCAA